UCUUCCUCUUCCUCUUCCUCUUCCUCCCCCCCGCGCUGAGCCCCGCUGAGCCGGUUUGGCCCAGGCCCUUUGAAUGGCGGUGUCGUGUAUUCCGUACCGUACCGUACAGCGCCGUACGCAAAAUACGAAACGUGGAGAUCUGUAAUUUGAUUUUUUUUCGGAGCCAGGAAGAAAAUAAUUCCCUCACCACCUGACUAACCAGUCCUUCCAAUAGCAUCCUUGGCAGCUGUGGUUGCGUAAUUUGCUAAUUUGCCCGAGCGCCCCCCCCCGCCCCUCGCAAACCCCGCCCCAACCCCACUUCAACCGAUGCUUUCCGCCGCCGCCUGGUUUGCUGGCAACCAGCCAACCGCCGUGAUUGGCCGUUGGGGCGGGCGAUGGGGAGUGUAUUGCCAUUACGGUUACGGAGUACUGUACCCUCCAACCGGCGUAUACCGCGGGAUAAAUUACGCCGUUUUGGGGGGGGCGGUACAGAGUUGGUAUUUGUUUUACGGGUCACUUGACUCAGCUUCAGGUGUGCACCAACGUAAUUUUUUUUUUUUUUAACUCGGUAAACCUGUAACUAAGCCUAGGUAUGUAUGUACUGUACCUAGCAAAUCGAAUAAAAUACCGGGGGGUGUGUGUGUUCCCUCCACAUUUGACACAUCUCACAAAAUAUAUAUAUAUUUUCACUUCUAUAUAUUUUUUCAGCUCUUUUUUCUUCUUUUUUUUUUUUUUUUUUCCUUUUAUUUCAGUUAUUUUUCAGUUAUUUCAAUUAUUUUAUUUUUUCCUCCACCUCCCCAGAUGGCCAGAUCGAUUAGUUAUAUAACUACUCUUUGAAAUAAGUUAGUUAUCUACAAUAUCUCUCUUCGGCUGCAUUCCCGCAUUUCAAUGCCUCCGAUCAAACAAUAACAUCCCCCUUUCUAUCUGAUGGCAGUUGGUUCCCCUCGCUCCCCGACUCUUCUCCUUGUUCCUCCAGUGUCCUCCAAUUCUCCCAUCUGCUGCUGCUAUUUGUGUAGAUCCAUCCAGCUGCUGUAGCUAUCUCCUAUCUCAGCUGUCUUCUUGUUCUCUACUUCACGUCCAUCUCUCUAUCCCAACUCUCUAUCUAGCCUGAUCAACUUCCUCUUCCCAUGCCAAUCACUGCAGCCAGUCUUCCACCUUGAAAUAAUCGUUGUAUAUCCCGCCAAGAGAAAACAGAAAAAAUAUAAAAAAGAAAAGAGACCGAGAACUACAAGCCUUCCCCCCCCCCCCCCCCCCAAAACACAUCCACCAUGUCUUCCCAGCCCGCAACGGUCAACCCCGCCACCACUCCCAACAUCGAUCUCCCCGCCGCCGCAACGGCAUUGACGGACGGCCAAAAGCCCAAGUCGACCGCCUCCAACGGCGUGAGCAUGUUCUCGAGACCCGCCGCCACUCCGCUCUCCUCCAAGGAGGGCUCCGGCGCGGGAACCCCCACCACCGGCUUCCAGAGACACCCCCUCGUCAACAAGCAGUUGGAUAUGGUCAUCCGCACUCCGGGCCGUCAGCCGUCGCCCCAGCCUACGCAUCUGGGUAUUCCAGGCGGCACGCACCGCGUGUUGUCGGAGGAAGGGCCGGGGUAUGUUGCGGCGAAGUUUGAGGGGAAGAAGAAGCAGAUGGAGGCUGUUAUGGACCAGCUCGAGGAGAAGGGAUUCAUCCCGAUCGAAUUCGUCUCGUCGGAAACCAACUGGUUCUACAACAUGCUUGGCAUCGACGACAUGUACUUCCAAACCGAGACCGUCGACGCCAUCGUCAGCCAUAUCCUCUCCCUCUACGCCGCCAAGGUGGCCGCAUAUGCCCGUGAUGAUAAGCGUCUGGAGAUCAGGUUGGAUAAGGAGGCUGCCGACCACGCUGUCUACAUCGACACUAGCAAGCCUGGAAUAAGCGCCAUCGACGGGCCGCGGUAUGAACAGCGCAUCGACGAGAAAUACAUCAAUGGCUCCACCCCGAAGAACGCCUAUCGUGUGGAAACUUUCCGUUCCGCCAGCUCCCUUCCAGAUAACCAUGAGCAGCAGCUGCGUUGCUACUUCGUCUACAAGUGUCACUUCAGCGAGCCGCAUCCGGACCCGGAGGAGACGAAUAUUGAAAUUGUGGGUGAGAAGCGCUUCUUGCAAAAGGCUACCGCCAACACAAAGGCCAUCUACCAGGAGAUCAUUAUCAAUGCUGUGGCUAGAUCUGGCCCUGUCAUUGAGAUGUUUGAGAUUGAAGGCAGCCGUGAAAAGAGACUGGUGAUCGCGUACCGCCAGGGUUCCGCUAUGGGCAUGUUCAGCGCCCUGUCUGACCUCUACCACUACUACCGCCUUACAAGCUCGCGGAAGUACCUAGAGAACUUCUCCAAUGGUAUCACUGUAGUCUCUCUCUACCUGAAACCCAUGGAAGGCGCAGAAAUCUCCGGGAAAUACCCACCCAUCGAAGCUGCGAUCCAUCAGAUCAUGAAGGAGAUCUCCUUGCUGUACUGCAUUCCUCAAAACAAGUUCCAGAGCCAUUUCGCCAGUGGCCGUCUUAGCUUACAAGAAACUAUCUACGCCCACUGCGUAUGGGUGUUCGUGCAGCAGUUCCUGAACCGCCUGGGAUCCGAAUACACCUCCCUAACCGCCCUCCUCGAUUCGAGCAAUAGCUCACACGCUGAGCUCCUUUCAAAGAUCAAGAAGAGACUUCGUACCGAAACCUUCACCUCAGACUAUAUCCUUGAGAUAAUCAACAAAUACCCCCAACUCAUCCACAAGCUGUACCUUGAUUUCGCCACAACGCAUUACGUUCAGAUGGUUGAGGGAGUGCCCGAUGACUUCCUCCCCACGCUCAGCUACUUGCGUCUGCAGGUAGAUGAGCCCCUGGACCACGACCGCCUCGACGAGCUGAUCUCCAAAACCGUGGUCAGCGAGAAUGACGAGAUGGUCAUGAACUCGUUCCGUGUCUUCAACGCUGCGGUUCUCAAGACUAACUUCUACACCCCAACCAAAGUCGCUCUCAGUUUCCGUCUCAACGCGGAUUUCCUGCCCGAACACGAAUACCCCCAGCGCCUGUACGGAAUGUUCCUUAUCAUUAGCUCUGAGUUCCGCGGCUUCCAUCUCCGUUUCCGCGAUAUCUCCCGUGGCGGUAUCCGGAUAGUCAAGAGUCGUGACAAGGAAGCCUAUGCCAUCAAUGCCCGCUCGCUAUUUGAUGAAAAUUACAACCUGGCCAAUACCCAGCAGCGGAAGAACAAGGAUAUCCCCGAAGGCGGCGCCAAGGGUGUUAUCCUGCUCGACGUCAACCAUCAGGACAAGGCGAGAGUGGCCUUUGAGAAAUACAUCGACAGUAUCCUCGACCUGCUCCUCCCGCCCGCCAGCCCUGGUAUCAAAGACCCCAUCGUCGACCGCCACGGACGGGAUGAGAUCCUCUUCAUGGGUCCUGAUGAGAACACUGCUGAGCUGGUCGACUGGGCAACUCACCAUGCGCGAAAGCGGGGUGCCCCCUGGUGGAAGUCCUUCUUUACAGGCAAGAGCCCCAAACUCGGCGGUAUCCCCCAUGACAGAUAUGGUAUGACCACCUUAUCCGUCCGCCAGUACGUGCUCGGCAUCUACCGCAAGACAGGCAUCGACCCAUCCACAGUCCGCAAAAUGCAAACCGGCGGACCCGAUGGCGACCUCGGCUCCAACGAAAUCCUCCUCGGGAACGAGAAGUACUGCGCCAUCGUCGAUGGGUCUGGCGUCCUGGUCGACCCGCAGGGCCUCGACCGCGACGAGCUCGUCAGACUAGCCAAGAAGCGCGCCAUGAUUGUCCACUAUGAUGCAUCCAAGCUAUCCCCUGAGGGCUACCGUGUUCUCGUCGACGAGACCAACGUAACCCUCCCGGACGGCGAAGUCGUCCACAACGGCACCGUCUUCCGCAACACCUUCCACCUCCGCGGUGGGCGGGCCUUUGACAUCUUCGUCCCCUGCGGCGGGCGCCCGGAGUCCAUUGACCUCAGCAACGUCAGCAAACUGAUCGAGAACGGCAAAGCCGUUAUCCCCUACAUUGUCGAGGGCGCCAACCUCUUCCUAACCCAGGAUAGCAAGAUCCGCCUGGAAAAAGCCGGCUGCGUCCUCUUCAAAGACGCCUCCGUCAACAAGGGUGGCGUCACCUCUUCAUCCCUCGAGGUCCUCGCCUCCCUAUCCUUCGACGACAAGGGCUUCGAGGAUCACAUGUGCGUGCGCGAGGACGGGACCAUCCCGCCAUUCUACGACGCGUACGUGCGCGAGGUCCAGGAGACCAUCCAGCGCAACGCGCGCUUGGAGUUCGAGGCCAUCUGGCGCGAGCAUGAGGAGACUGGGAUGCCGCGCAGUAUGAUCAGUGAUAAGCUUAGUCUUGCGAUUACGAAGCUGGAUGAGGAGUUGCAGGAGACGGAGCUGUGGGAUAAUACGGUUUUGAGAGAGGAUGUGCUGCGGGAUGCGUUGCCGAAGCUUUUGUUGGAGAAGAUUGGACUGGAGACGAUUUUGGAGAGGGUCCCAUCCAACUACCUCCGCUCCAUCUUCGGCAGCUACCUUGCCAGCCGCUUCGUCUACGAGUACGGCAGCAGCCCGAGCCAGUUUUCUUUCUUCGAUUUCAUGUCCAAGAGAACCGCGAAGCUCAUAGAUCGACAGAAAUGAUUUUAAUCUAUUCUGACAACCCCCCCCAAAAAGAAGAAAGAUCAAGAGAAUGGGGAGUGAUGACUGUCUUGCGCUGCACCGCAUAUCUACACCGGGAUUUAAAUGGCAAAAAACAAAAAGAAAAAAAAAAUAAGAAAAAAAAAAAAAGACAAGAAAAAUGCUCUAUUAAUAAUAAUACUCGCUAUCCCUCCCUACCCCCUACCCCCUACCCCCUACCCCCUACCCCCUACAUCAAAACAAAAUCCAAAUCAAAAAAGCAGAACAAAAAAACAAGAUUCCCCUAGACAGAUCAAAACAAAUCGAGCAAAAAAAAAAAAAAAAAAAAGAAAAGAAAAGACUAACUACUCCGUACAUGGGUUAAUAAUGAAUUUCAUAAUUGUUUUAACAAAUGUUUUAUUUUUAUUUUUGUUCUGUUUUCUUUUUAACUUCUCAUGCCAUAAAUCCCAGGAAUCUACACAUGAUUAUCGCAUAUAUAUCUCAAAAUCACUCUUUUCUUUCCUCACCAUGCAUUGUACACAUGUAUAUAUCUGAAUACCUAUUUACCAUUUACCUCUCUCUCUCUCUCUCCCUGCCAUUUUUCUCCCCCUAACAAGACACCUAGCCUACCUUUUUGGUUGUGGUAUUCCCCCAUUUUGCCACAAUCCUCCCGUCGUCGUAAUAUUGUUGUUACUAGUUUACUCGUCAUCUCCAAUCUACAACAAAUCUUUUCCAUCAACACUCACCUCCUACUCCGUAUCUCUCAUGAUGUCUUUCUCCUCUCCUCCCGGUUCCUGGGUUUUGUAGACGGCGGCGGGGCCCGCUAGAUGCCGUAUAUGUACCAUGUACAAUACGUAUAUACAUACCCCUAGAGUUCCGUCUAGCGUCCAGCCAGCGAUUCUCAUUUUCCGCGGGAGAAAAGCAGAAGGUGCUUGCUCUAGAUUAUUAUUAUUAUUAUUAUGAUUAUUAUUAUUUCUUUCUGGAGGCAAAGAUUGCACGAUAUUGCGAUGAUGUUCAAAACAACUAGUUAAUGGAUACUAUCCCCCCUCCCCCCCCCCCUUUCU